AGGGCGGGCAGGGCAGGGCAGGCAGGGCAGGGCAAGCAGGCAAGGGGACUCGGACACCCACUUCAGUGUUGCAGACGAUCGGGGCAAGUUUCCUUAGAAGGAGAGCUUGGACGGUAUGCAAAGUUGUGAAGUAUCUUCAGACGGUGCAGAUGAUCCUCUCAGUUGUGGCUCACAGAGAAGACGACAACCUCGAAUUGUGAUUAUCGGUGCUGGGCUCGCUGGCCUGUCUGCUGCUAAACAGCUUCUGGAGAAUGGCUUUUCCCACGUCACGAUUCUAGAAGCUUCUGAGCGAAUUGGAGGAAGAGUGCAAAGCGUUAAACUUGGCUGUGCUACAUUUGAGCUCGGGGCUACCUGGAUACACGGUGCACAUGGGAACCCGGUUUACCAGCUAGCAGAAGAUCAUGGUCUCCUUGAAGAAACUACAGAUGGAGAAGGAAGUAUUGGCCGCAUCAGCCUCUACUCAAAGAAUGGGGUGGCCCAUUAUUACACUAGCAGCGGCAAGAGAGUGCCCAAGGAUUUUGUUGAAGAAUUCAGAGAUGUGUAUAAUGAGGUCUAUGACCUGACACAGGAGUUCUUCCAACAUGGCAAGCCGGUUGGUGCAGAAAGCCAAAACAGUGUUGGCGUAUUCACACGGAAUGUGGUGCGGAACCGCCUCAAGGCUGAUCCUGAUGACUCGGAGAGCACCAAGAGGCUGAAGCUGGCGAUGCUCCAGCAGCACUUGAAGGUGGAGAGCUGUGAGAGCAGUUGCCACAGUAUGGACGAGGUGUCCCUGAGUGAGUUUGGCGAGUGGACCGAGAUCCCCGGUGCCCACCACGUCAUCCCCAGCGGCUUCGUGAACAUCGUGGAGAUCCUGGCUUGCGACAUCCCCGAGUCUGUCAUCCAGCUGCACAAGCCAGUCAAGUGCGUGCGCUGGAACCAGUCGGUCAGCAAGGAGAUCCACUGUGUACGCAGCUCCUUCCCCGACCACAACCGCGAUGGGCAGGAGGAUGAGGAGGAAGAGGAAGGCUACCAGGUGUCAGUGGAGUGCGAGGACUGCGAGGUCAUCUUAGCCGACCACGUUAUCGUGACCAUGUCUCUCGGGAUGCUGAAGAAGUUUCAUGAGACCAUGUUUCGGCCAAGCCUGCCCCAUGAGAAGGUCUCAGCCGUCCAGAUGCUGGGGAUCAACACCACCGACAAGAUCUUCCUGGAGUUUGAGGAGCCCUUCUGGGGCCCCGAGUGCAACAGCAUCCAGUUUGUCUGGGAGGACGACGCGGAGACCGAGAGCCUGACAUACUCGGAGGAGCUGUGGUACAAGAAGAUCUGCAGCUUCGACGUUCUCUACCCGCCUGAGCGGUAUGGCCACGUGCUGAGUGGCUGGAUCUGCGGCGAAGAGGCCAUCAUCAUGGAGAGGUACGAUGAUGAGAUAGUGGCCGAGACCUGCACCGAUCUUCUGCGAAGAUUCACAGGUAAUCCAAACAUUCCCAAACCUCGGAGGAUGCUGAGAUCCAGGUGGGGCAGCAACCCUUACAUCCGGGGAUCGUAUUCCUACAUUCGAGUUGGGUCGAGUGGAGCUGAUGUGGAGGAGCUUGCAAAGCCAUUGCCUUAUCCAGAAAGCACAAAAGCCACUCCUAUGCAGAUCCUAUUUGCUGGAGAGGCGACACACAGGAAGUACUAUUCAACUACUCAUGGUGCUUUGCUUUCUGGCCAGCGAGAGGCUACGCGCCUCAUAGAAAUGUACCAAGACCUGUUGCGGGGGAAGGAUGGACAAGAUGGUCGCACCCAACAAACCACUUACUAGUGAAACGUUCUACUAACUGGACUCAGAGCGUGUGUUCAUUGUACAAUUUUUAAAACUAGAAUAUUUUAAUUUGUUUAAUAAGAGUUUUCUUCAAUUCAUCCCCCCGCUCCCCACCCCACCCCAUGCAAUCCAUGUAAAUCGUUAUUUAACACUCUCUGCCUUGGUCAUAUUGACUGUCUUGGGCCUUGUUUAAUUUUUAAAUGAUGGAUGCACUUCUAAUCUUAUUUUGAUUUUGUCCUCUGUCUCCCCACCUCUCUUUCUAAUUAUUUUACUUU